ACGGCGUCCUGUGACCUCCAGGCACCAUGGUCGACAGAGAGAGGAGGGGCGUUUUAUUCUUGAAGUGGAGUUUUCUGUCAAAUUUUAUUGUGUGUGGUAACACUGUACCUACCACCAUGGAUGAAGACCGGCAUUAACAUCUGCACUACGUGAAAAAUGAUGUCAACAGUCGUAUCAGGCUCAUGGGCAAGGACGUAUCAUCAUGAGAACAAGACAGAAUUAUACAUCAGCAAUGUCAGCAAGACUUGUGGUCACUGCAUGAUCACAUGAGGACCCAAUUUGAAUGAGAAUCACAAUAUAACAUAUAAGAUCCAUCCGUCAUGAUGGAAGGAUUGCACAUUCCUUAUCCUGGAAAAUUUCAUAAAGUGAGUCAAACAAAUGCAGUAGGAACACAAACCCUCAUACAUCAUCCUCCUGCUGGUUUUUACGGACACUACCACCUUCAGGAAAACUCUUUACCUCUUAAGGAACCAAACCACCUGCUAGAUGGGGAUAAGCCCUAUGAGUGUGACAGGUGCGGUAAACGGUAUGCACAGAAAAGUCACCUCACCAGUCACAUGCAAUGGCACACAAAGGAGAAAAACUUUGAGUGUAAAAUAUGUGACAAGAGAUUUAGUAUGGAAAGUCACCUCAAUGGUCAUAUGCUAGAGCAUAGCAGAGAAAAGAAAUUUGAAUGUGAGAUUUGUGGUAAACGAUUCACAAUGGAAAAUUACUUAACAAGCCAUAUGCAUGUACACAUUACUGAGAAGAAAUUUGAGUGUGAAAUAUGUGAUAAAAGGUUUGCAAUGCAGAAUCAUCUCAACAGUCACAUGCUUGUUCACUGCAUGGACAGGAAAUAUGAAUGUGAAAUAUGUAGGAAACGGUAUACCCAGAGGAGUCACCUGAACAGCCAUAUGCUGAAGCACAGUAAAGAAAAAAAUCAUGAAUGUUUAUUGUGUGGGAAGCGAUAUAACAUGGAAAGCCACUUAAAGAGUCACAUGCUUGUUCAUAAUGAUGAGGACAAGAAAUUUGAGUGUGUUUUAUGUGGUAAACGGUUUCACAUGGAGGUUCAACUGAACAGUCACAUGGUGGUACACACCGAGGAAAGGAAAUUUGAGUGUUCUCAGUGUGACAAGCGAUUCAGCUUGGAGCUUCACCUGAACAGUCACAUGCUCGUUCAUACCAGUGAGAAAAAGUUUGAAUGUUUAUUGUGUCAUAAACGGUUCACCAUGGAAAGCCAUCUUGUCAGUCAUAUGCUCGUGCACAAUGAGAAGAGGUUCGAGUGUGAGGUUUGUGGGAAAAGGUUCAAUAUGGAGAGCCAUCUGAAUAGCCACAUCCUUGUGCACACAGUUGAAAAAAACUUUGAGUGUGAGAUAUGUAACAAACGUUUUGCUAUGGAAAAUCAUCUGACAAGCCAUAUGCUAGUUCACAGUGAAGAUAAAAAGUAUGAAUGUCAAAUCUGCCACAAAAGAUUCAACAUGGAGUACCACUUGACAAGCCACAUGCUUGUGCAUAAUGAGGAAAGAAAAUUUGAAUGUGAACUGUGUGGUAAACGAUUCAACAUGGAAAGUCACCUCAACAGCCACAUGCUUGUUCACAAUGAAAAAAAGUUUGAAUGUCCCUUAUGCACUAAGCGAUUCAACAUGGAGAGUCACCUGCGAAGUCACAUGCUUGUGCACAAUGAGAAAAAGUUUUCUUGUGUGUUGUGUGCCAAACGCUUUCACAUGGAGAGCCAUCUGAAUAGCCACAUGCUCGUGCACAGUGAGGAUAAAAACUUUGAGUGUACAGUUUGUGGUAAGAGGUUCAACAUGGAAUGUCAUCUAAACAGCCACAUGUUGGUACACAGCAAUGAAAAAAAAUUUGAAUGUGAAAUUUGCAAUAAAAGAUUUAACAUGGAAAGUCACCUAAACAGCCAUAUGCUUGUACAUAAUGAGAAGAAAUUUGAAUGCCCAUUAUGUAGCAAAAGGUUCAACAUGGAAAGUCACCUCAAUAGUCACAUGCUUGUACACAGCGAUAAGAACUUUGAAUGUGACGUUUGUGGAAAGCGGUUUAGUCAGAGCAGCCACCUCAACAGCCACAGGUUUAUGCACAGUGAGGAAAAAAAAUUUGAGUGUCAGGUGUGCAGGAAACGGUUCUCUCAGGAAAGUCAUCUAAGUAGCCACAUGUUUGUGCAUAAUGAGGAGAAAAGGUUUGAAUGUGAUGAAUGUGGAAAACGAUUUGGCCAGGAAAUUCAUUUAAACAGCCAUAAAUUUACACACAGUGGUAAGAAAGCCGAGUUCCAGCAAUGGGGAAAACAAAUGAUACAGAAGAAUCAUAUAAAUUCCCACAAAUUCAUGAAUGAAGAAGAAAAAAAGUACGGAUGUGAUGAAUGUGGAAAAAGAUUCAUUCACGAAAACCACCUCAUGACUCAUAAGUUUGUACAUACAGAAGAAAAGAAAUUUGCAUGUGAAGUCUGUGGGAAGCGUUUCUCACAUGAGAGCUAUCUGUGUAGCCAUAGGUAUGUACACAGUGAGAAGAGGUUUGAGUGCACACAGUGUGGAAAGCGAUUUACACAGGAAAGUUACCUUAACAGCCAUAGUUUUGUGCAUACUGAGAGAAGAGAAGCUGAAUUUGCAAAACAGUUGCCAGCUAUUCAGAAAGAUCAGAACAAUCAUGUUGUGGUGCAAAAUGAUAAGAAACCAUUUGAGUGUGAUGCAGAUGGUAAACUAUUAGUUCAACAAACAUAUCAGGCACCAUAUGCAUAUGCACAGUGGGAACAUGUGCGAACAUUGUGGUCUUUGUAAUUUAUGUCAGUGCAAUUUUGCUAGUGUUUUCAUUUAGCAACAAUGAAAAUGUUGUAUCAAAUUAUUUGGAAAUUAUUUUAGGUAUACAGAUAUAAUUGAUUAAUUAACUAAAGCACAUUAGUUUUAUUACUUAGAUGUGCUGAUAAUGAGGAAAUAAAAAUACAGUGGAGUUUUUGUGAGCGAUGGUAUCAAAGGGGCGAGUGUGAUCACUGGGCACUCACUGUGGUGUUUGACGAGAGUAAACUUGCAUGGUUGUUGUUGUUCAAUAAUUCAUCAAACUGGAGGGUACAGUAUAGUGAAUAUUAAUGUGAAAUAAUCACUUAUUUAUGAUAAGAUAUUAGCUCUACUUUGUGUAGGUUUCUUGUAGUCCUGUGGUAUGUAACCAGGAGAGCAUUCUUGUUUAUGUAUAAGGUCACAUCAGGGAUGACAUCAGUUUUGGUAGAUCAUCAUGUAUAAAGUUAUUUACACAAAUAAAUGUGUCACUUGGAACAACAACAUAGUCUAGCAAGAAUCAGGGGUUAGCCAAAUCAGCCAUUGUUGAAAUACUGUAUCAUUGAAUUAUGGUGACUGGCUGCUUUAGUUGGGUAAUAUUUGAUUUAUAUGCUGGCAUGGUACUGUCAUCUACUGAUGCCUAAGAUGCCUGGUGAAUGAACAUUGAGGUGUGCAAUGGAUGUUUAGCCAUUGGGAAGGAAAAUUUAGUGGGACAUUGGAAAAAACUCUGAGCCACAUUUCACUGUAUUUAAGUCUUAAUUUUUAAGAGCCAGGCACCCAUUUUUUUCAUUAAAAUUUUCGAGAAAAGGCAUUGCAAUCAAUAUUACACACAUCUGAUAAUAUGAAAAACAUGAUAUAUGAGCUUCACUUUAUCACUGGAUUGAGUCAAAAUAUCACAGAUAGGUUCAUCCUCAUGUCUGAUAAAACGAAAACAUAAAAUAUUGAACAAACAAAAUUCGAAGUAUAUAAAAGUCUUGUCAUAUUUAUUAUUCUGCUGAUGUCCACCAUCAUAUACCUCAUUUAUAGAAGUAGUUACUAUAUGUUUAAAACAAAACACAAUAUUGUUAAGGGAUGUUCCAACAGCAAAUCUAGAGAAAGAUUUUAGGUAUUUCUCAUCUCUUAACCUGGUUACCAUUACAAUACUGUACUGGGUAAUUUAUGCUCGGUUAAGGAUAUUCACUUGGUAAUCAUAUUCAAAUUUAGGCUCAUAUUACAUAGAAUAGAUCCUGAAAUGCCUUUCUGGAUCAUAGCAUAUAAGUAAGGCUGCAUUGGCAUCCAUUUUCAGUGACACAAUGCAAGUGUAUCAGUACAUGUGGAGAGAUGUUGAUGUUAUAAUAUAGUACAGUACUGCCCUUUAAAAACAAGGUCUUUAAGCACUUUACAUUAGUACAUACAUUAGUUAUCAACAAUUAAAAAAGAAGAGAGAUUCAGUAUUCCUCUCUGGUUUUUGUGGGGAGAGAUUAAUUUCUAAAUAUAAUUUAGAGUUACUCUGUCAUUCAGUGACUGGGAGAGUACAGUUACAGAUAAUGGUUACACACCUGCUGCUUGUGUAACAGAAAAAUGUUCCAAAUCUUCUUUAUGCAAAACAAAAUCAUGUGAAAUUGCAAAUGAACCCCAGUUCUGGGUAGCCUAUGUUGUUUCCUGAAGUAUCUUAUCAAGACUUUGUGAGUCUAACAGGGACCUAGUAAUUCUCCACCUGCAUGCUAGGACUUCACCUUUGCAUUGUGUAUAUGUUAACUUUUAUGUAACAUAAGAGGCCAACUUAUAGUACUGCUUAAUUAAGAAUGUAGGGACAAGUAGCUAGUUGGUGUAGUUUACAAACAACAAAAAAAAUAAUGUAAACUUUAUCACUGUUGUGGGACGUUCAAGUAUUGAACUUGCAAAAAGAAUUUUAAGAAAAGGAUUUGAUACACUGUACUGUACAGUAGUUUGACACAAUUAAAGUAUGCAUUUUAAAUGUUAUCAAUGAAAGUCUUAAUAUGCGUUGAAUUAAUUAAAUUGAACUUUAAACAUGAUAUUUUCUGGAAAAUUUCUCUCAAUUUAAUUUAGCAUUUAAGAUAACAAUUUGAAGGACUUAGACUUGAACUUCCUAAAAACAAAGUAUAAUAAGUUUUCAUCUAAAGGUCACUUUUAACCCGUGUACAUUACAUCCUAUGUUAAAUAAACUUUUUAUAUUACAUAGAAAA